AGUUUGAGAUCGAUCAAACCAAAUUGAAAAUUCAUAAAAAGCUGGAUUUCGAAACAGCUUCAUUUCAUCAUCUGAUUCUAAGGUGAGACAUCAUAGUAUAUUUAAUUGCCACUAUUUAAUAACUUACUUAACAUUGAUAUAACAUACCUGAAAACAUUACAACAUUUAGGAAGACAGGUCUUCUUGACAUUACUGUUUCAGCGUCAGCGAUGGCAACAACGAGGUAAACGUAUCGAUGACCGUCGCUGUCGUCGACGAGUGUGACGAAGUCCCAAUCAUUCAUCUCAGUGACGCCAUGACUAUACAAGAAGAACUGAUAGAAGGCACUGUGAUCGGUCAGGUGUUCUCCGUUACCGACAGAGAUCAAAAUGACACGUUUACUUUCAAUUUAACAGGUAUGUUUCCAAACAUGAUCAGCAGAUUGUCUUACGUCAUGGUUUAACUCUAAGUCAACACUACAUUUGUUGGUUUUCUUGUUGUAUAACGUCGAAUUCAGUCAUGUCCUGUCGAUAAGGCGGUUGGCUGAGAAUAAUCGACAUACAUUAACACGUCACCGAUCCGACCACACGAACCCAUCAAUCGCGUCUUCGACAGACAUUGGUUUAUGAAUCCUAACCCAGAUGUUCAGGCGGAGAAGAUCACUGGAGCAUCUUCUUUAUCGUGACUUGUUUCAACAUAGUGAUCUAAGUAACAGUUGAACAAUGCUAAGAUUAUAUACAUAGGUCGAUCAAUGGAACAGAGAAUUUAUGCUGAGACUGUCGAUCACUGGAACAGUUGUUUAUGUCUAGGAUCUGACGCCUCGUAUUUCGACAUCAACGCUACUUCCGGUCAGCUGACGUCUCGAGGUCGAGUGGACAGAGACGGGGUAGGUGCGCGGUUAUAUUUAGACGGGCUCCUUCUCGGGGUCGUGGACAGUUGUGGACAUUCGGUGGCCGUAAACCUCAACAUCACCGUCCUCGACAUCAACGACAACCAACCUCAUUUCUCCGAGGCAGUUUACCAUACCAACAUAACAGAAAAUGGCACCACAGAAUAUGUAGUGGCGACAUUGACAGUAACAGACGCCGACAGUGAGAGCAACGGUAACGUCACACUGACCUUGAUCGGGGGCGAUGACUCGUCUAAUCCCGUGUUCACCUUGAAUGGGGCUUUACUGAGUGGACGGAGCCAGAGAGUGGACUAUGAGGCCGGUCCGAGUGGACAUCGCUACCUGUUGACCAUACAAGCCACAGACACACCAAACACAGACCAGGCACUUAGUUCUACGUGUGUCGUGGUGGUGGAGGUUGUUCCUGACAACGAGCACACGCCGUCCUGGGUGUACCCACUGCCUGAUGAUAACUUCACUGAGGUGGCGAUAUCGGAAUCUGUUGGGUUGGGGACGUCUGUCCUGACCCUGGCCGCGACAGAUGACGAUCUAGGAGAGGACGGGACGCUGACCUUUUCUCUCAUAUCUCUAACAUUAGCAAAUGGGUCGAUCUCACCGCCAGUCUUCUCUCUAGAUUCAACGACGGGGUUGUUACAAACUGCCUCCCUCCUCGAUUGCGACCCUGACACCGGGGGGACGGAAUAUUUUGAUAUGGUUGUCAUGGUUACUGACAACGGUGUCCCAUUGAAAUCUUCAAAUAGAACAAUACGUGUAUUGGUUGAUGACGUCAAUGACAAUCCGCCAGAGACUGACUUCAGAGAAGAAGUAGUUGUCGACUGUGCCAAGGAUGUUGGUGACAUACUUACCUCCAUCAACGUCACUGACGCCGAUGUCACCAAGGGAGACUACUCUUUCGGAAUUAUAUAUUCUGAGAUCGCUAGUGUUAGAGUUAAUGAAACGUCAGGAAGUAUUAUACUUCUGUCGAAAUCAAUAAACAAUGAAAAUAGAAAUGUAAGCGUUGUUAUAGAAGUGACAGAUGGGAUUUUUAGUGUUACAGUGAUAAAGGUCUUGCAUUUACGAAACUGUUCCUUGGAAUAUAAUGAGUCAACUGUUUCAACAGAAUCUACUGAAUCUAUCGCAGAAACUACAUCAACCACGGUGACGCAAUCCUCCCAGUCCCAACAUGCUGGAUCAGACAAUGCCGGUGUUGUGGAGGUGUGGUCGCUACGAGCUGCGUGUGGGGUCCUCGGGCUCUCCCUGGCAGGAACCGUCACCACACUGGUCAUCAGGAGCAUGUUAAGCCCUUCAACGAAACCGAAGAACGACUUCACAGAAAACCGGGUUUCUCCAACAAGUUCUUCAUCAUCAUCAUCCCAGCUGGAAAGACGGACAGAAAUUACCACCUGUACCUCUGUUGAAUCAUUGGAGGACUACUUCCUUUAAUGGUCAACUGCCGGUAAAGCAUCUUGAAGUCCCUUCCACCAUCAGACAAACUGACGACCCCUUCCACUGAUGG